GAUACUAACGUAGCACGUCUACACAUGUGGCCCUGACGGAGAUGUGAGCAAACACAUCUUGAACAAUGAUAAAUUUGCUCUGCCCUUCAUCCUGUAUUUGAACAAGACAUUUGUUACAAUACUAAUGAUAUGGCAAACCCAUCUACAAAUGCCCUCGUCUCGCUCCGAUAUCACGACCAAGUUUGCGUGUUAUUUCUCAGCAUUUUCAUAUCAUCUCCGGCAAUUAAACAGAAGCAAAUCAUCGAUAGGCUGGCCGACUGAGUUAUUAUUAUCGUCAGCAAGAAGGCGUGAUGGCAGUUCAACCAGACCGUCGCAGUAAAAAUGUAAAGGCCAAAGAGACCAUCAAAGAGGUUGGGGAUGCCCAGGUUAUCGAAAGGGCAACAGAGAUGCAAUUCCUAUGGGCUCGAGCCAAGUACAGGCUUCCAGAAAUCUCCAAAACCAUCAAGUUGAGAUGCGAUCCUAGACUGAUCCCUCGCCGCUUCUCCCCACCACCAGUAUCCUAUAAGGGGCCGAACCGUCGUAAAAGUGACGAUGUGAGGACACUCGACAAGCCAGAAUCGGUAGAUCCUAAGAAGAUGGAAAGGCGACCAAGUCUUCGAACUGCGGGUAACGAAAUCAAGAAGUACCUCAACUACCUUCAGGCAAAGCCAGAAUUGAAGCCGCGGCAGAAAGACCCUCUUCAUCAGUGGUUCGUUGACCACUCCGGCGGCACCCUCAUGGAAAAAUAACCAAAUCUUCCACGAAAUGACUUCCGCCAAAGCAUCCUUCGUUCAAGCAACCUCCAGCAGCUGACACACCCGAAACAUGAAAAACUUUAUGACGUCGAAAGCGUUCCCCCCCUGAAGGAAUACAUAUAGUGGGCCGUUGAUACAAGCCAGUCAUUUGGCCAUGCUGCUUUUGAGGUAUGGCGGGUUUAUUUCAAGCAAGGCGUUCUAGGGUGCAUCAAUGAUUUAAAUUAUACCAUUGAGGCAUCCCCUCUCUCUCUUUAUGUUUCUCAUGCCAUUGUUUUCUCUCGUUAUUGUUCAUUGUUUUUUUUCUUUCGUUAAGCCUCUUCCGUUCUCUUUCAAAUCACUGGGCAUACCCUCUUGCAGCAAAGUUAGAACCACAUAGAAUACCCAUGCAUCGUGGAUCCUAACUAUACAGGUCCUGGGCACCUAAUCCCACUACAUCACUAGAUAGAUAGCUUUAUUAUAGCUUUCCAGACAGUUCAUUAAUACAAGAAACACAUCACCAAGUCAGAC